GUCUUUCGUGUCCUUUUCAGAUUGUGAUGUGACCGUAUGGUGUACGUCGUAUGAAAUGUCAAAUAUUUUACGUGGAGUGUUUUGGAAUUCAGUAGUUGUAUGUGAUGUCAAGCAAAUUCGUAUUCAGUUCUAGAUUCUUUUCCUUUUUCUAGAAGAAUUAGAGGCAAUUAAAAUAAAAUGUGUUAGCAUGUAAGGUGGUUUUCUCCCGGUAUGACAGUUCAGUUCGUCGGCAAUGAAGGUGGGAGUGACAAGUGAUGUAAGGUUGUGGCAUGUCACUGGGGGAAACGAAAUGGGAUUCGAAAACAUUCUUUUUCAGUGUGGCACGGUAAAUGGCAUCGAUGAUUCUUUCAAGCACACAAGUUUGUUUACCUAGUCAUGACUCUAAAUAAGCUAGUAAUGGCAACUGUAAAGCUAAGCAUUCAAGAUAAAAAAGACUUGGACAAAUUUACGAAAUUCCUUUCGUUGAAAGCUGCUCAGAUCAUCGUCCAGUCAAGGUUGGGGGGAAAGGUCCACACUAAGUGCAAGCCGUAUUCAUCAGGAACCGACUGGUUCAACCUGGCGGUCCAGGACCUGCCCGAGGUGCUGGCCGAGGCGAAGAAGGCGCUGUGCGGGGAGCUGGCGUCCUCCAAGCUGCCCCUCUGCGUGGAGAUCUCGCUGCGCACGGCCGACGACGAGCUCAUGAUGCUGGAGACGUGGUGCCUGGGGGUGCUGGAGCAGCGCGACCCCGGCGUCAAGGUCACCUACGCCGUCUACAACCGCAUGGGCGUGCUGCUCAAGUCGCUCAUCUCCGUGACGCGCGUGACGCCCGCCUACAAGCUGUCGCGGCGCCAGGGCCCCGACUCGUACGUCAUCUGCUACCGCAUCUACGUGGGCGAGCCGCAGCUGCACAACCUGGGGGAAGGCUACAAGCAGGUGCGUGUGGGGCAGCUGUGCACGCCCGUGGGGACCAUCCACCUGUCCGUGUCGUACCGCACCAAGAUGACCAUCUCGCCGCAGCACUCGGGCCGGGAGAACUCCAUCAUGGUGAAGAGCGACCACUUCCACACCGACCUCAGCCCGAGGCACGUGUGUCCCAGCCCGGACGACGACGCGCUGCUCACGGACACCAUCAAGGCGGGGGCGUUCGCGGACAGCUGCCGGCCGCCGGGGCCCGAGGUGGAGGUCCCCAGCGUCCCGUUCAGCAGCCUGCUGACGCUGUGCCAGCGGCCGGAGCCGCGCGGGGCGGAGCCGCGCGACGAGGACGCCACGCCGCGCUGCCGGUCGCCCGCCGCCGACUCCUGCCGCUCCAGCGCCUCCGCCAACGAGGACUUCAUCAUGGUGGACCUGAAGACCCCGUUCGCGGCGGAGAACGGCAACAGCGACCUGGGCGCGUUCUACCGGGAGUGCCAGAGCGCGCCGCCGCUCAGGGCGUUCUCGGAGCAGCCGACGCUGGCCGAGCAGGUGGAGGGCAUCGGCCGCACGCUCGAGGCGCUGGAGACGAGCGCCCGGGAGUACGACGACUUGCUCAGCUCGCUGUGCAUCGCCGACAACUGACCUGCUCCGCGCCGCGCCCUGUACGCUCGCAAAUACACGUGCGCUCCCGUCGCAACUCUCUCUCUC